GUUAGACAGAUGUCAGCGAUGUGGGAAGUAGCUGAACAAAUUUAGCCAAGCAAAAGUCAGAUGUCAUUGGUCAGCCUGUACGUGUUGUAACAUGCAAACACAGUGUGCACCGGCUGCAGACCUGAUGAGGAGGAUAAAUGAUUGAGAACGAAUCAUUUCAGGACCUAUAAACUUUGAAACGGUUUGACACUGAAGGAUGGAGAAUAUCGUCGUCAGCAACACCUCAUGGAACCAAAGCGUCGGUCAGAGCAUCACCAACAACAGGAAUGUAUUUGUAAAUAAUAACGGUGAUGAAGAUGAAUACACCAAACGUGUUUUUCAAUAUGUGGACGUGCUGGAUUGGAUCACUAUUUGUGUUGGGCUUCCGUUGACUCUGGUGACGAUAUUUGCUAAUUUAUCAAUGGUGAAGAAAGAUCAUGUUGCUCCAGUUUACGUCCUCAACCUUCUGAUCUCGGAUCUCAUCCAGUUCUGCAGCAGAAUUCCUAUGCUGUUACAUAAAGAUCCUAAUGGCUCCUUUCUUUAUGGUUUCCGGUUUGGCUUGAUAACCAGUGUUGGAUUCAUGAUGUGCAUUUCCUUGGAAAGGUAUCUGAUGGUUGCCAAGCCGCUGUGGUACAAAAUGAGAAAAAACAUCAAGACAUCUGUGUUGGUCUGCGUUGCAGUCUGGAUCCUUUCUGUUAUUUUUAUCUUGAGCGUUUAUCUUCCCCUGGAACUAAGGACCAGUGCAACCAUAUUGGGUUUGUUUCUCCUCCUCCCUCUUCCCUUGUUCAUCCUCUGCCUGGUUGGGACCAUUAAAGCUCUGUCUGAAAUUCGCAGUGUCGCUCCUGAUGAGAAACAUCGAAUCUUUUCAGUCCUGGUUGUGGUGUUGCUUACAUAUAUUCUAUUUUUUCUGCCAGUUGUAUUAUGUUUGGUUUCGGAGGAAGUUCAGAAAAAUGUCAUUUUUGAAGCUGUGGCUGCCGUUUGUCAAUGUCUAAAUCCUCUUGCAGACUCAGCUUUGUAUAUUUUUCUGAGGAAAAGUGCAGUUGAUAAGAUUUUAGCUUCUCUGUGUUCCUGUAAAAGGUCUGAGAAUCAGAAGAUCCGCAGCAACGAUGAUGAGAACAUGUCAGCUCUGCACACUGCAGCUGUUUCUGUGCCAUAGAUGGAGAAAUAUCUGUACAUCUUACUUUCUCAGACUGUUGUUCUGGAUUUCUUGCAAAAGAGAUUGAUUUCCUGUGAUCGAUUUUGAAUUCUUCAUGAUUCUUUUAA